GCUUGGAAGAUAUGAAAGCUAGAAGUGUUAGAAAAGCAGCAUCCUUUUUAAUCUUCAAGUAAACCACCCAUCUCUUCUCAUGACUUUUCACCCAAAAACAAUAAAAUAGAAAAAGACUUCUUCCCCUUUUUCAUUAAUGUUCCACCAAACACUCAAAUCCUCUCAUACAACCAAAUUGCCACACAUACAGCUCUUCUUCCCCAUUAUCCCACACCAUAUUAAAGAGAGAAAGAGAGAGAGAGAGAUAGAGAGUAGUGUGGUGUUGUGCAAAUCUGCAAUCAAUUAAUCUACAGCGAGCGGCCAUGGAUGCUCAGAUCUUUGGCCUGAGCAAGCUGUUGUGUUUUAGUGUGUUUUUGUUGGUGUUUGGGUUAGUGGGUGGCGCAGCAUUGCACGAAAACCCAUCAAGAAAUCUCAGCUCCGGCGCUCAGAUCAAUUCCAACUCGGUGUUGGUGGCCCUUCUGGAUUCGCACUACACGGAGCUGUCGGAGCUGGUGGAGAAGGCGCUUCUUCUCCAGACUCUUGAGGAAGCUGUUUCCCGGCACAAUAUCACCAUUUUUGCGCCCAGGAAUGAGGCUUUGGAGCGGGAUUUGGACCCGGAGUUCAAGCGCUUCUUGCUUCAGCCUGGGAAUCUCAGGUCCCUGCAGAAUCUCCUUCUCUUCCACAUGAUUCCCACUCGCAUUGAGUCCAAACACUGGCCGGAAAACUCGCGGCGGGGCGGCCGGAAUCAUAUAACUCUGUGCCGCGACGCCGGAGGGGAGAAUCUCGUUGUGUCGGAGAGGGAGGUGAGCGGCGCGAAGGUUGUUUCCCUCGACGACGUCGUUCGCCCCGACGGCAUCAUCCACGGGAUCGAGCGCGUGUUGAUCCCCAAGUCGGUGCAGCAAGAUUUCAACACGCGGCGGAGCUUGCGGUCCAUCUCCGCCGUCCUCCCCACCGGCGCCCCUGAGGUGGACCCCAGGACUCACCGUCUCAAGAAACCCGCCGGCCCGGUCCCCGCCGGCGCCCCUCCCGUUCUCCCCAUCUACGACGCCAUGGCCCCCGGCCCAUCUCUAGCUCCCGCGCCCGCCCCGGGCCCCGGCGGCCACCACCACCACUUCGACGGCGAAAGCCAAGUCAAGGACUUCAUCCAAACCCUCCUGCAUUACGGCGGCUACAACGAACUCGCCGACAUCCUCGUAAACUUAACAUCCUUAGCUUCCGAAAUGGGGCGACUCGUCUCCGAAGGCUAUGUCCUCACCGUUUUAGCUCCCAACGAUGAAGCCAUGGCGAAACUCACCACCGAUCAACUCAGCGAGCCCGGCGCGCCGGAGCAAAUAAUCUACUACCACCUCAUCCCGGAGUACCAAACGGAGGAAAGCAUGUACAAUGCCGUCCGAAGGUUCGGAAAAAUCAGAUACGACACGCUAAGAUUGCCCCACAAGGUUGUCGCCGAGGAGGCCGACGGGUCGGUCAAGUUCGGGCACGGCGAAGGGUCGGCGUAUUUGUUCGACCCGGAUAUCUACACCGACGGGAGGAUAUCCGUACAGGGAAUCGACGGCGUUCUGUUCCCGCCGGAGCCCAGUAAUCCCGCGGCUCCUAAAGCUUCCCCUCUUGCUAAGGUUGUCUCAAAGCCAAGAAGAGGCAAGUUGAUGGAAAUGGCGUGUGGCAUGCUGGGGUCGUUCUGCCAUUGAAAACCUCGAGAACUGAAGAAACGAUACAACAAGAAGCAAAACACGACGGACGACAGCAAACCAUGAGUACGUAGUGCAUGUUAGUUGGUGCUCAAAGACGCGGUGAAGCAUAGUUUGGCGAGUUUACGAAAACAAUAGGUUUACAGCAAUCUAUCUCCCUGAAUAAAACCGUAGUGUUUAGGCCGAGGGUCGGUGGAUGAAAUGAUGGAGGGAGGGAGGGAGGAAUUGAAGCAAUUUCCAUGGAAGAAGCAGAGUUUGUAGAUGGCAGAGAUGAAUGCUAUAUCUUGUUGUUACAUACCUGGUAAUAAAAACACUUGUAAUUAAACACAUCAAUUUUUUCAUUUGUAUUUAAAACUUAAGUCUGUCUUGGCCGACACUUCACUGUAUACACCAAAAAAAAAAAAAAAAAAAAAAACCUUUCUCUUCUCCUCAUCACGGGUGGUGUAUUUUUUUAGACUUUUUGUGAGUCCAUUUAAGCUUCUCAUAAUAUUCUUUUCAUUUGUAUCAUUUUUGUUUGUUCUGUAGUGCCUGGAAUGGAAUGGAAUUGUAUACAUAUUAUUUAAUGUCUGGCAGUAUUAUAAU